CCUUUUAUCUAAGAACUUUUGACAUUUGUAUUGUACAAAUAGAAAUCAAUGUUUUGCGCGCGAAUAUUUUUAUAAUCACAUUGUUUUUGAUACAAACUUCAUUUUUUAAAUUUGCUAUUAAAUUCUGCAAAACUAAAUCAAUAAUACUUACUACAAGUAAGUUUUAGAAUCAUAAAGUCUCGCUGAGAAGCUAAUUAUUUAGAUAAAUAUAUAAAAUGAGCGACUUUACGCACGAUUUCGAUACUAUUUCCCCUGAAAUUUGGAUGUUAAAUGAAGAUGUCUGGAAGGAUAGACUUUUAAAACUAUCUAACUGGUCUAAGAUUCCUUUAAUAAAUUCGAAUGCGUCUCACAACCUCUCUGAUGGAACCUUGGUACGUUUCCGAGGAAUGGUCCAGGAUAUGCAUAACCCUGAAUUCUAUUUUGAACAAUUUGAAGUAUUUAAUACAAAAACAAAUGAAAUCAAAUCGAAAACUGGAAAGUAUACAGACACAGCUAACAUACAGGAAAAUGAAAAAAUUAAUUACACAGAAAACUUAAAAAGUGCUCAAAGACAGACGAUGGUGGUAGUAUCGCUACCGGGACUUAAUGAAUGGGCUCAAAAAAUGGAAGAUGAUCAAAAUCAUUUAAAGCACUUAGAGCAACAACCAAAUACAUCUAGAAGGUUAAACUCCGAUAGUGCGAAGCUAAAGAGAUCUCACGAUGAAAGCCAACAAGAUCCGGAAGCAAUGGAGGUUGAAAGUGAAACAGUUAAUAAGGAAAGGAAAACUGCAGAAUUGUUGAAUGAGGCUUCAAAUGUUGUUUCUAGAGAGCAUUUAUUAAAUUUUCCGCUGCCAGACGUUGCAAGCAAAACUUGUAUUAUCAAGGUAUAUGAAGAUGAUGAAAAUCUUAAAAUAAAUGAUAUGAUCGAAGUAGUUGGUUUUCUCUCUGUCGAUCCUGCACUAUCUGGAGAAUUUGCUUCUGAGAAGAAUUCCUUAUUAGAACCAGUCAGUGAGACAGAAGCGGAGAUAAUAACGCACAACCCACCUCCAAGCUUAGUGCCGAGAUUACAUGCUGUAUAUGUGAAAAAAUUGGACCAUUGCAACCCUCUGAUCAGAGAUAGUUUUAAUCAAGAGACAGUACUCAAAGAUGCAAACAUAGCAAGAGAUCACUUGUUAAAAGCAUUGUCAGAAUUACUGCUUGGAGAUAAAUUAGCAGCUGAAUAUCUAAUAUGCCAUCUCAUUGCUUGUGUUUACCUACGUCAAGACACAAUCACACUUGGUCAGUUCUGUCUUAACAUCUCAAACCUGCCAACUAAGAAAUAUCCAAAUUACGGCAAACAGCUCUAUGAUAUUAUAAAACAAUUUGUCACUAAGAGCUACUAUUUACCUCUGACCGUGGAAAAUAUGAACACAGUUGCCUUAUUACCUAAAAAAGACUACGAUUGCAACAGACUGACAAGUGGUAUCCUGCAAUUAAGCAAACACACACACUUAGUUCUAGACGAGACUAAAAUGGAACAAGGGCGUCUGGAUGCGACGGGAGUUAAUAAUGUCACAGCUUUAGGGAAUCUUAUUAAACAACAAAAAGUUGAAUAUGAUUUCAAAUACUAUAAAAUGGAGUUUGACUCGGAUAUUUCCGUUCUUGUUUUGUCCGAAGGGAAAUCUUUGUUACCGAGUGAUUACCACGUCCCCUUGAGGCCAGAAGAGUCAUCGCUUGAAAUAUUCAAUGCUAUUGUAGAAGCAGCUACAUAUUACUUAAAAGAAGAUAUCAUGAACAUAAUAAGGUCGUAUUUAACAAAUUUAAAACUUGUUAAAUAUUCCAUCAGUGAGGAUAUACAGUUUGUUGAAGACGAUUUCAUAGAAAUGCGCAAUAACUCUGAUGAAGAAAACCCAGUAACGGCAGAUGAUUUACAUAGAUUGCUAGUUUUGGCAAGAUUGGUCAGUUUAUCAAGAGGCAACGACACAUUGAAUAAGGAAUGUUGGGAAAUCACGAAAGCUAUGGAAAAAGAGAGAUUACAGCGAUUGAAAAAUCGAGUAGCACCUACUUUAUAAUUUUUAAGAGAAAAUGAAUGUGUUUUUUUAACAAAUGAGCGAUUUGUUUUAUGAUUUAUAUUUUUAUUAAACUGUCUUUGUA